AUGGCGGUGCAGGCGGCUGCGGCGGGCGGCUGGGGCCGGAGCCGGGGCGCUGUGCUGCUGCUCUUCUUCUCGCUCUCCCGCCGCCCGCCCGCCGGGGCCGCCUGGCUGCUGGGGCUGCGGCCCGAGGACACGGCCCCGGGCAGGGUCUGGCUGGAGGCCGGCGCGCUGGGGGCGGGGGAGGGGGCCAGCUUCCUGCUGCGCCUCUACUUCCAGCCGCCGCCCGAGGGGAACGGCAGCCGCGGCCCCCCCGGCGCGGACAGCGAGCCCUGCCUGGUCUUCAUCGAGGAGCCGCCGGCGGGAGCGGGCCCGGCGCCCGGGGAGCGCUGCCCGCAGCAGAGCGCCUGGGCCUCGGACGUGGAGGUGCUGGGCCCGCUGCAGCCGGGCGGCUCGGCCGGCUCCGCCCUGGUGCGAGUGCGGGUGCGGGAGCCGCGCAAGGGGGCCGGCCCGCGGGGGCGGCUCUUCUCGCUCUGCGCCUGGGACGGGCGCGCCUGGCAGCACCACGGCGCGGCGGGCGGCUUCCUGCUGCGGGUGCGGCAGGCGGCGCGGAAGCCCUGGCUGCUCGGGCCGCUGCCGGCGGCGGGCUGGCUCCGGGCCCUGGGCGCGCUGCUCCUGCUGGGGCUGUCGGCGCUGUUCAGCGGCCUGCGCCUGGCGCUGCUGUCGCUGGACCCGCUGGAGCUCCGCGUGCUGCGCAACAGCGGCUCGGCGGCGGAGCAGGAGCAGGCGCGCCGCGUGCAGGCGGUGCGGGGCCACGGCGGCACCUACCUGCUCUGCACCCUGCUGCUGGGCCAGGCCGGGGCCAACGCGGCGCUGGCCGGCUGGCUGUGCGCGUCGCUGCCCGGCCAGGGGGCGGCGCUGGCCGGCUGGGUGCAGGGCGUCCCCUGGCUGCCCGUGCUGCUCUGCACCGGCGCCCUGUUCCUGGGCGGCGAGGUGCUGCCCUACUCGGUGUGCUCCCGGCACGGGCUGGCCAUCGCCUCGCACACGCUCGGCCUCACCCGCCUGCUGAUGGCCGCCACCUUCCCCCUCUGCUACCCGCUGAGCCGCCUGCUCGACUGGGCGCUGCGCCAGGAGCUCAGCACCUUCUCCACCCGCGAGCGCCUGCUGGAGACGCUGCGCGCCGCCGACCCGCACAGCGACCUGGUGCGGGAGGAGCUGGCCAUGGUGCAGGGCGCGCUGGAGCUGCGCACCAAGACGGUGGAGGACGUGCUCACCCCGCUGGCCGACUGCUUCCUGCUGCGCUCCGACGCCGUGCUGGACUUCGCCACCGUCUCCGAGAUCCUGCGCUCCGGCUACACCCGCAUCCCGGUCUACGAGGGCGACCGGCGGGACAACAUCGUCGACCUGCUCUUCGUCAAGGACCUGGCCUUCGUGGACCCGGACGACUGCACCCCGCUGCAGACCGUCACCCGCUUCUACCGCCGGCCGCUGCACUGGGUCUUCAGCGACAGCCGCCUGGACACGCUGCUGGAGGAGUUCAAGAAGGGUAAAUCGCACCUGGCCAUCGUGCAGCGGGUGAACAACGAAGGGGAAGGAGACCCGUUCUAUGAGGUGAUGGGGAUCGUCACGCUGGAGGAUGUCAUUGAAGAGAUCAUCAAGUCCGAGAUCCUGGAUGAGACAGACCUUUACACAGACAACCGAAAGAAGGAAAGGGCGCUGCACCAAGGCAGGAAGCCGCACGACUUCUCCAUCUUCAGGCUCUCAGACAGCGAGAUGAAGGUGAAGAUCUCCCCUCAGCUGCUGCUGGCCGCGCAUCGCUUCAUGGCAUCAGAAAUCGAACCCUUCAAAUCUCCCUGCCUCUCGGAGAAGAUCCUGCUGAGGCUCCUCAAACACCCCAACGUCAUCCAGGAGCUGAAGUACGACCAUAAGAACAAGCGGGCCGUGGAGCACUAUCUCUACCAGCGCAACCGGCCGGUGGACUACUUCGUCCUCAUCCUGCAGGGCAAAGUGGAAGUGGAGAUUGGCAAGGAAGGGCUGCGGUUUGAGAACGGAGCGUUCACCUACUAUGGCGUCCCAGCCAUCAUGGCUGUCAUCUGCUCAGAUAACGAUGUGCGGAAAGUGAGCAGCCUGGCCGGAUCCUCCUUCCUGUUGCCCGUCUCAGUGUCCCGUACCUUCGCCGUCAGCAGAGGGGAAUCCCUGGCUGGCUCCCCAGUAAACCGAUCGCCAUCUCGCAGCAGCGGGCUGAAUCGCGCCGAAUCCCCAAACCGGGAACGCAACCACUACGGGGGCAGCAACACCCAGCUGUACAGCAGCAGCAACAACAUCUACACACCCGACUACUCCGUGCACAUCCUCUGCGACGUGCAGUUCGUCAAGAUCACCCGGCAGCAGUACCAGAACGCACUGGCAGCCAGCCGCAUGGACAGCUCACCCCAGUCCCCCGACAUGGAGGCGUUCAAUGAUGGCAACUCCACCAAGGCCCCGACGGCCCGGGGGACCCCACAGACCCCAAAGGAGGACCCCACCCCUACCCUCCUGAACGAGAGGAACAGCAUCAUUUGGGGCCGGUCGGACGGGCUCCGCAGCCCCUGCGACUCCACGUUCCUUCACGUGGAGGGAAUCCCCUUCAUCAGGGAGGAGCUGGCAGACAAUGAGGAGAACAGCAAGCGGCAGGCCAGCGAAUGCUGUGACAUCACCCUGGAGCCGGAGAGCCCGAACAGAGAGACAGCGAGCGGCACGUCCCCAAGCGGCACCGAGGAGACCCUGGGCAAGAAGCUGCUGAGGACACUGAGUGGGCAGAAGAGGAGGCAAUCCCCAGAUGGCGAGACGGCACCGGAGGAGAAUUCCAACCGAGCGCCGUUAAUCACCUGAGCGGCAGCGUGGCUGGAGCGCGGCGCUGGAGUCCCAUGUAGCCUGGAGGUCUGCAGCAUGAGAGCCUCCUGCAGUGCAUCGUGUGCGACAGCAGCAGGUCUGCACGCCGCUGCCUGCCCACCCGACACCUGCCCUCCCUCCAGGACGUGUGUCGAGCCCCAGGCGAGAACGGCAAGGCCCCUGGGUGGGACUGAAGCAGAGGCAGCAGCCCUGGACUUGCCAGGAAGUCAGGGCACGUGGCCGGCUGCUGCCCUGCUGCCAGGCAUUCCGUCUCAAAGAGGAGAAAGACAGAAGUGGCAGUGCCUGCGGCGUGGUUCCCCUGCGGCAAGAAGCAGGGAGAGGCGGACCCAGCUCAGGCUGCCCAGAACAUCCUUUAAUAUUUUACAGCAGCUCCCAGCCCCUUUUGAAUCAGGGCCCCAUAGCACUGGGCGCUGCAGCCAUAACGAGAUAGGGCUCCUGCCCCAAGGAGCGCCAUUCUCUGGGCAGUGCCCAUCCCCUCCCACCACAUAGUUUGUGCAGUGACAGUCAAAACCUGCCCUCGCCCUCCAGUCUGUCCCCGGGGAGCAGUGAACUGCCCAUCCCGCAGGCACUGCCCAGUGCUGAGUGUAUCCGCCCCCCUCAGCUGGGGAAAGGGAAGGUCAGAGCUGCGCUUCAACCAUCAUGACCCUGCGACAGGCCUCAGCUCAGAGCCAUGUGUUGGCAUCAGAAUGUUCGAGAGAGUUUUAAAUGGCUGCUCUGGCAGCUGAAUGCAAUGUAGAUCCUUGACAUUAAAAACCAUCCCUCCUGAGCAGCUCCACCUGUCUGGGCUAGCACAGGAGAAGAUGCUGUUUAAAGGCCUGAACUGUGCCAGGUUCUCUUCCCCACGGAGAUGGGGGGUGGGGAGGGGGCGCACAUCACUGCUGCAUGGUGCAGCUGCUCCAUUCCCCCCACAGCUCCCCGGUACAGUUACCAGCAGGAAGGGGACAGCCCCCUCUGCCUGCAGCAGAACAAGCUGCAUCCUAAUCCCCUCUCCCCAAAACAGCCCCCUUAGCGCCAAGCCUGCUAGCUUCAGAGCUGCUGCCAGCCUGGGGGGGCAGAUUCCCCCUUCCCCAGGAGACAGGUGCACGGUCACGUUGCCCAGCAAGCAGCCUGACCUCACAUUCAGCCUCAGGUUCCCCUUUCUAAGUGCCAGCCCCUUGCACCACACCCACUGCCACCUUGCCCUCAUGCCUACUAGCUGUUGUAGCACCUUGGCACCCUCCUGCAGAGCUCACCAGCAUUUCAUACCCCCCCCCGCCCCCGGACUGCCGUGAUGGAGGCAACUAAUGCCGCCUGCACUCAGGGGAAGGCUGUAUUAAAAGCUUUUCUCUCUGCAAGGGGGGAGGCAGCCCUGGAGGAGGGAGACUUACCCAGGGCCACACACAGGCAAGUAGAGAGCAGAAUGCUGGAGGUCCAGCCCUGAGCGCUAAGCACUAGACACACAUCCUCCCCACGCUCAGCAAGACCAUCACCUGAUUGACACACAGGAGAGGGAGUCAGGCUGCCUGGGUUCUGCUACCGCCUCCCUGGGGGGCCAUUUAAAGCACUGAGGCAGAGCAUGGCCCAGCAUAAGCUGGAGAAAGCCCUUUUCUCAGGGGGGGCUUUGCAGGAUUAAACGUUAACGGAGUGUAGCGAGAGUGUGGUAUUGAUGGGAUAUUAAAUGUAAACUAGCCCUCUCUAAAGCACCGUGUAGAGCUGGAGAAGUAGCUACUCCAUCCUCUUAACGUCACACUGAGAACUGGGUGAAGAACCAGUUUGCCAGGGCUGUGGCCAAGGCUGUCACUGAUUAAUUUCAUGGCUGUCACAGACAUCAGAGAAGCAAAAUGUGAUGGGGCUAGAAGGCAAAUGGAAGCAGUAUGAGGAAGGGGGAGAAAGACACUUGCAGGGCAGUAGGGGAUGUACCUAUAGGAGGCAUCUUCCUGGUCUUCUCCCUCCAUUGCUCCCACGGCUGGAGCUAUAGCCGAGAUAAGGCCCAGGCACCCUCCAGGGGAAACACACAGGAUUGCAGGAAGUUCCAGGCCCCCCUCCAGUCUCACUGAAAUCUCCAAGAUGAGCCACAUUUGGCCCAAAGCAGUGCAGCAGUUUGAGUUCUGAAUGGAGCCGGGGAGAGAUUCUAUGGCUCUGGCUCAGCACAGUUUUGGGGUGAGGAAAAGGAGGAAUCACGCAUAGGACAGGCCCCUCCACACACACAUCCUGUGGCCCAACCACGAGCUAUGAUACAGGAAAAGGUGGAUGUCGCACUGCACUCAACAGCACUUCCCCUUUCCCUUCCCCAGAUGGGGAAGAGGUACAGAGAGGUUAAGUGACUUGCCAAGGGCCACGGCAUGGCUGUCCAAUUCCCACUCCUGUGUUUCAGCAACUACAG